GCUUCCGCCCUCUCCGUCCGGAUCAGCUCUCGCGGGGUGGCGAGUUCGGAAUGGCUGCUGGAGGCGAUGGUGGUGGGCAGCAGGUGGCCUACGGGCACGACAGCUACCGCUCGCCGCUUGCCUCCCGCUACGCCAGCCCUGAAAUGUGCUUCGUGUUUAGUGACAGGUACAAGUUCCGGACGUGGCGGCAGCUCUGGCUGUGGCUGGCGGAGGCCGAGCAGACAUUAGGUUUGCCUAUCACAGAUGAACAAAUCCAGGAGAUGAGAUUAAACCUGGACAACAUUGACUUCAAGAUGGCAGCUGAGGAAGAGAAACGGUUAAGACAUGAUGUGAUGGCUCAUGUGCACACCUUUGGCCACUGCUGUCCAAAAGCUGCCAGCAUAAUUCAUCUUGGAGCCACUUCCUGCUUUGUUGGAGACAAUACAGACCUGAUUAUUCUUAGAAAUGCAUUUGACUUGCUCUUGCCAAAGCUUGCCAGAGUGAUCUCCCGGCUUGCUGACUUUGCUAAGGAGCAAGCUGAUCUUCCCACCCUCGGUUUUACACAUUUCCAGCCUGCUCAGCUGACCACAGUUGGGAAACGUUGCUGUCUUUGGAUUCAAGAUCUUUGCAUGGACCUCCAGAACUUGAAGCGUGUCCGAGAUGACCUGCGCUUCCGAGGAGUGAAGGGCACCACUGGCACUCAAGCCAGCUUCCUGCAGCUCUUUGAAGGAGAUGACCAAAAGGUAGAACAGCUUGACAAGAUCGUUACAGAAAAGGCAGGAUUUACGAGGGCUUUCAUUAUCACAGGGCAGACCUAUACACGAAAAGUGGACAUUGAGGUCCUGUCCGUGCUGGCUGGCUUGGGGGCAUCAGUGCACAAGAUUUGCACCGACAUACGACUCCUGGCAAACCUCAAGGAGAUGGAGGAACCCUUUGAAAAACAGCAGAUUGGCUCAAGUGCAAUGCCGUACAAGAGGAACCCCAUGCGCUCCGAGCGGUGCUGCAGCCUGGCCCGUCACCUGAUGGCCCUCAUCAUGGACCCACUGCAGACGGCAUCUGUGCAGUGGUUUGAACGCACACUGGAUGAUAGUGCCAAUCGACGUAUCUGUUUGGCCGAGGCAUUUCUUACUGCUGAUACUGUAUUGAAUACAUUGCAGAACAUUUCUGAAGGAUUGGUGGUGUACCCCAAAGUAAUUGAGCGGCGCAUUCGCCAAGAGCUGCCUUUUAUGGCCACAGAGAACAUCAUCAUGGCCAUGGUGAAAGCUGGAGGUAACCGCCAGGAUUGCCAUGAGAAAAUUAGAGUGCUUUCCCAGCAGGCAGCUGCUGUGGUCAAGCAGGAAGGGGGUGACAAUGACCUCAUAGAACGUAUCCAGGCUGAUGCCUACUUCAGUCCCAUCCACUUGGAGUUGAGCCGCCUGCUGGAUCCUUCCUCUUUCACCGGUCGUGCAUCUCAGCAGACACGAAGAUUCUUAGAAGAGGAGGUAUAUCCCCUGUUAAAACCAUAUGAAAGUGUAAUGAAGGUGAAAGCAGAAUUAUGUCUGUAGAGUUGGCAGAGAAUUAAAAAAAAAAAACAUU